ACUCUGUUACGAAUUCAAAAUGGCGUGUUAUCGGUGAAAGAAAAAACGUAGGCGAAUUUACGUUUCGACGUUGUGCUAAAUUUGUCGUUUACGUUUCUAUAUUCGGUGAAUUUAAUUGUCUUGCCAGGAAAGUAAGAAACCGAUAGAGGUUAUGACACUAUUCUCGUGUGUGUCGUUCUAGGAAGUUUGUUAUAUAUUGAUACUCGAGGUACGGAUUUAAUAAUGCAGGAAAUCGUCCUAGCAGCCUUCUCCGUGAUAUCGAGUCUGCUCAUAGUAUUUGGCCUGGUGCUGCUGGGUAAGAACGACAGAUAGUAACGUUCCGUUAUUGCUGCGCGGUAUGCAGAGAGUUUCGAAACCUUGUUACCCGAGCUGUCGAAUAGUCAUAUAGUUUCGAAGUCGAAGGUAUAGUAGGAGAGCUUGACUAUAUACUUAACCUCUAUCAUCACGUGUAUGCGCAUUAUCGACGACUAUUCUCGACUGUUGGUAUUUAGUUUGGAAAUUUUUCCUUUCACGCUUCCGAUUUGUUCGAGAACUAUUGGGUGGAAUGAGUGAAUCUUCAUCCGUCAAUGAUUUAAAAAACGGUAGAUCUCGUAUGAAAAAGAUUCGCAGGGAUUAAGGCUGUAUUUGCAAAUUUGAGAUAGAUUACUAGGCAAUAUCCAAGGAAGCUUCUAAAAAGAGAACAGACCAAAGUGAAUUUAUCUUUCAUUCAUAUAUCUACAAUAUUUUAACUUGUGAAAAUGUCUAUAAACAUACGCUGUGCAACAACAGAUGAUCUGUUAAAUAUACAACAUUGUAACUUACAAUGCCUACCUGAAAAUUAUCAGAUGAAAUAUUAUUUAUAUCAUGCACUUUCUUGGCCACAAUUGAGUUACGUAGCUGAAGAUGAAAAAGGCAGGAUAGUAGGAUAUGUCCUUGCUAAAAUGGAAGAGGAUUGCGAGGAUAAUCCACACGGUCACAUUACCAGUUUGGCAGUGAAAAGAUCUCACAGAAGACUUGGUAUUGCACAAAAGCUUAUGAAUCAGGCUUCUAGAGCAAUGGUCGAAUGUUUCGGAGCAAAAUAUGUUUCCCUGCAUGUUCGUCGAAGUAACCGGGCAGCUUUAAAUUUAUAUACAAGCAGUUUACAAUUUGAAGUGUCAGAAGUCGAGCCGAAAUAUUAUGCGGAUGGAGAAGAUGCGUAUGCUAUGAAACGAGAUCUUAGCAGUUUCCAUAUGGAAAAAAAUGCAGCUAAAGAAAAAGCUAUCAAGGAUGGUAAUACGCACACACAUACUGGCCGGUGCUGCGAUCGUUCAUAGUCAGCUUUGAACGUUUUUCUACAAUUAGGUUCCAAUUGAUUUUUUGCAUUAUUAGUUCCAUACUUCUGGAUCUAAAUCUGUCUUACACAUGGGUAUUUUUCAUAAAUGAAACUGUAUGAAGAAGAAAAAAAGCAUGAAAACAUUGUAAAUCAAGCAUUAUAGCUUGAAUAUUUGAUGUGUAUGUUCUGCUAUUCUAAGAAAUUCACAAAUACUUGAACAGUGUGAUCAAAAAUUGACUGUGGUCACUUCGUGUCAAUUCCCCGCACGCAGAUUUUGAUCUAUUAAUCGAGAAUAUUAGCAUCAUUUUUUGAGAAAUAGUCACGUAAUAAAAAUAAUUUCAAAGUACAUGAAAUCAUGUACACUUAUUUAGAUUUAUUUAUUGAAGAAAAAAAUAAUAGUUUUUAUUACGUGAUUGCAUUUUAAAAAGUCCAAUUUUCAACUUGGGUGAAUCAAAUUUGGAUCACUCUAUACUAAGUAUUUGUGUUCGUUCAAGCCUUACUUAAGACAUAUGAAAUGUUUUAUAUGCUACUACUACGAAGGGGUGUAUUUGUUAAUAAUUAUGACGGGAAAAGAGAGACGUCUAAACUAUUGUAUGUACUUCAAUACAAAUUGAGUUAAAAUGUUUCUAAUGAAUGUAUUUGCGCGUAGUUAAUUGAUAUAUCAUGUUAUUUAAGACCCAUGAAUCUUAAUAUAAUAAAGAAACUAAACUG